AACGUAAACUAACAUUCAAGGGUCACUAUGAGUAUCAGUAUGUGAACACGCAAAAAGUUCAUAAUGCUCUGAACUUUUUAAAAGCCCAGAACAAGUGGUACACUGAUGUACAUAUCAACAACGAGUGGUCUAAUCCGUUGGAAAAGGUUACAAUUGAAGAGGCUUGUGGCUCUGGGCCUGGCCAGCCCGCUUGUGGCUCUGGGCCUGGCCAGCCCGCUUGUGGCUCUGGGCCUGGCCAGCCCGCUUGUGGCUCUGGGCCUGGCCAGCCCCGCUUGUGGCUCUGGGCCUGGCCAGCCCGCUUGUGGCUCUGGGCCUGGCCAGCCCGCUUGUGGCUCAGUUGAUGUUCCAGAACAUUACACUGAUAACCAGCACCAUGGAAUGUAUUUGGAUACAUGCUUGCAACCUGUUGACAUUGCACAAGAAAUUCUGGACAAUCACUUUGAAAGUAUUUUAUCUGUUGCUCCUGCUGAAGGAAAUAGCCCUGUAAGAUUGCUCAGUGACAUUGCUAAUGAGGCAAAGUGUUUUCCUGUCCUUUUUCCAAAAGGAACAGGCACAUUCCACGAACAGAGAGAUCACAGAAUUACACUUGCUAAAUAUCUAAAAAGCAGAAUAUUAAAUGCAGAUGGCAGAUUUGGAAAGAAUUUGGAAUAUAUUUUCUAUGCACAAUACUUGUCUGAAAUUAAUCAAGUGGUUUCCAAUGUAUCAAUAGCUUUGAGAAAAGGAUAUCAGGGACAGCAUAACACUGAUGUUGCGUCAUCUUCAUCUAACAACCCAGACUUUUUGAAAGACCUCUUAAACUAUGAUAUGGGCUACAAGUUUUUGAAACCAAUUAGAGGCACACCUGUAUUUUGGCAAGGUGUUCAGAAGGACUUGAUGGCCAUGGUGAGAACCCUUGGAAUUCCCACAUUCUUUAUGUCAUUUUCUUCUGCUGAUUUACGCUGGCCAGAAUUUAUGGAAGCAUUUAUGUAUGCAGACAAUGUCAUAGGCAAUAUUGCUGACAUGGAAUGGACCCAAAAGUGUGACUUGUUAAAAAAUAAUCCUGUAACAGCAGCUAGAAUGUUUGACCAUAGGUUUCAUUGUUUGUUAAAAGAAGUCAUAAUGUCUCCAGCUCAACCCAUUGGAAAGGUCAUUGAUUACUUUUACAGAGUAGAAUUCCAGCAACGUGGCAGUUGUCACACACACUGCCUUUUUUGGGUGGAGUCACCUAAGAUUGGUGUAAACACCAAUGAAGAAGUUAUCACAUUUAUUGACAAAUAUGUGACAUGUGAGCUUCCACCUGAAAGUGACCCCAUGCAUGAAGUUGUCUCUAGUGUUCAGAUGAACCAUUAAGGGAAGAGAAAAUAAAUACAUUGAGAGCCAACUUACACAAUUUGCAGAUACUAGUCAUAGAUGAAAUCUCAAUGGUUGACAACAAGAUAUUAA